CAAUUUCAAAUUUUUUUUUUUACUUACAAUAGUUAUAAAAAAAAAUGACUUACAAACGAGGUCAAGGUAAAAAAAAGAAUACUGGACAAAAAACGUCAGAUUAUGGCCGCGAUACAAACAAUAGGAACAACCAGAGAAAUAAUAAUACGAGAGGAGGCGGAAAAGGAAGGGGAGGUGGUAGCAGAUAUGAUAAUAAAAGAAAUGAUACAAUUUUACCAGUCCUUCAAGAGUUUCAUGUUACGGAAAAGAAAGGCUUUCGUGCAAUACCAAUUAUUCCGACCGAAAAAGAACUUCUUGGACCACGGCCGGAAGACAUUCCUGUCAAUAAUAUUGAUGGUCCAUAUGAAUCACUCGAUGAAUAUCUUAAAACACAUUAUGAAUUAUUAAGAGAAGAUUGCCUAAGGCCUCUUCGCGAAGGAAUACGGCUUUUUCGAAAGAAAGCUGAAGAAAUUCGUACUUUACGAAUUUACGAGAAGGUUAAUCUUGUGCGCAUAUCAUUUACAAGCAUUGGCGUUGUGCAUCGUAUCAGUUUCACAGUCAAACAUAAUGAGCGUGUCAUAUGGCCUACGAGUAAACGUCUACUUCCCGGGACAUUAGUCGUUUUUUCAAAGGAUAAUUUUGACACUAUGAAAUUUGGAACUGUUUACAAUCGUUCUCUUAGUCUUCUUGAAAGAAAUUAUGAUUUACAGGUUGAUGUACUUUUUCGAUUUGAGGAUAUCGAAUUUGAAUGGUCAGAUGGAUAUGUCAUGGUUGAGACAACUUCGUCAUAUUUUGAAGCUUACAAACAUGUCUUAAAUGUUCUUCAGGAACUGGAUCCUGAUACAUUACCUUUUAAGGAGCAUAUUGUUGAACUUAAUAAAGAAAUCGACAUUCCGGAAUACUUAAAAAUACGACAACCAACCUAUAAAUUUGAAACUGAUGACACUGUGUGUGAAAAAACGUUUGAUAUUAGUGGAGUAUGGCCAGCAGUCGAAAACAUAUUUCCUACUUUACAUACUUCUCAAUAUGAUGCAUUGAAAAGGAUGUUGACAUGUCGUUUAGCUUUAAUUCAAGGUCCUCCAGGUACAGGGAAAACUUAUGUGGGUCUUAAAGCAGUUAAGAUGUUAAUAGAUAAUCUGCCGUAUAAGAUUGUUGUUGCAUGCCAGACAAACCAUGCUUUAGACCAAUUCCUUGAAGGUAUCCAAAAAUUUGAGGAUCAAAUUGUCAGAUUGGGUUCAAGAUCUAAAUCUGACACAAUUAAAAUGCUUACAUUAUAUAAUAAACGACAGGAUAUAAAAUCAUCCGAUCGUCCGUUUAAAAAUAGUGAGAUCAAUGGUUUAUUUAAACAAAAAGAACAAAUCACGCGUGAGAUGAUUGCAUUAUGUGAAGAGAUAGAGAAUCCAUUUCUUGAAUUGGAAUACAUCAAGGAGAAGGGAUACCUCAGUACAGAACAAAUUUCAAACCUUAUGCAAGAUGAUUGGUUUUGUUCGUCUAGUACCAAUGAUAAUGGCGAAAGGGACUAUAUUCAAGAAUGGUUAGAACCCUCUAUAACUGCUGCAACUUCAAGACAAAACGAUAUUGACUUUCAAAUAAACCAAUUAAUCUUACAAGAUGGCGGGAAUCAAAUAGAAGAUGAGGAUGAAGUUGACGAAGAAGAUAUCAAGGAUGCUGAGGCAGAUUUUCAUGGAAAUGAUGAUAAUCAAUUUAUGAGUGAUGUACCAUUUGUAAAUUUAAGGAGUGAAAAAUGCAUACGGUCGGAUACCUAUGUAGAUGAAGAUACAAUAGAUAAAUAUAGUAAAUGGGAUGAUUUAUGGGAAGUACCUGAUGAAGUCCGCGCAGCGCUUCAUAAUCGCUGGCGUCGUGAAAAAUUAAAUGAAACUUGCGAUAAGCUUAAAGCGCGCUGUCGUAGAUAUUCAGAAUUGUGCGAUAAAAUAAAAGCUGAAAGAACUCGUGAAGACUUAUUUAUUCUUAAGCAGGCUCGCAUUAUUGGAAUGACCACUACAGCCGCAGCCAAAUAUCAUAAGUUAUUAAUGAAUUUAGGACCAAAAAUCAUGAUUAUCGAAGAAGCUGCUGAGACUUUGGAAGCGCAUAUCGUGACUGCUCUUACACCUGAGACUCAACAUUUGAUACUUAUAGGUGAUCAUGAACAACUUCGACCGAAUAUAUCUGUACACGAACUUGCUGAAAAAAAUAAAUUGAAUGUUUCAUUAUUUGAACGAUUGAGAAAUUUGGAAUUGCCGUUUUCUCUACUUAGAGAACAACGUCGUAUGCGACCUGAAAUCAGGAAAUUGCUCACACCAAUCUAUCACGAUGCUCUUUCAGAUCAUGAAGAAGUAAACCAUUAUCCUGAUGUUCCAGGCCUUACCGAUAAUCUUUUUUUUUUUGAUCACCAAGAAAGUGAGAAACUCGAAAGAGACACAAUGAGUAGAACCAAUACAUUUGAGGCACGUAUGUGUGCUAAACUUGCUAAUUAUCUUGUGAUGGGUGGGAUGGAAGAAAGUCGCAUCACCAUUUUAAGCAUGUACUCUGGGCAAAGAAAAGAAAUUUAUAAAUAUUUAAGAGAAGAAUCCCGUAAAACACCAGUACUUAAACAGAUCCGUGUAAGCUCAGUGGAUGGCUUCCAAGGAGAGGAAAAUGACAUAAUUAUAUUGUCUUUGGUAAGAAGUGAUGAGUCAAAUCGGGGUAUAGGUUUCUUGAGUAUAUCCAACAGAGUGUGUGUUGCUUUAUCACGAGCAAAGCAUGGAUUAUACAUUUUUGGCAAUGCAUCUCAAUUAAGAUACCGAUCUACUUUAUGGAGAGAGGUUUUAAGUAUAUUAGAAAAAUCGAAGAAGUGCGAUCAAUUUAUUAAUCUAUAUUGUCAAAAACACCCAGAAAAGGAAACACAAGUUUUUACUUUUGCAGAUUUUCCACUUGAAGGAGGAUGUUCGAGAAACUGCGAAGAAAAAAUGGAUUGUGGUCAUAUUUGUCAAAGUAUAUGCCAUUUAUCUUCACACGAUAAAAUUUUUUGUCCGGAAAAUUGCAUACGUACCCUUCCUUGUGGGCAUCCAUGCAAUAAAGAAUGUAAUAAAAAAUGUGGCAAAUGUGUAGAAACGAUUAUAAUGUGCCCUCCAUGUGGACAUUCUGAAGUAGUACUUUGUCCUGAUGUAGAUAAUUUUAGAUGUAAGGAGAGAUGCUCUAAAAAAUUAAAAUGCGGACAUCAGUGUCGAGAGGAAUGUUCUUCACCUUGGUGUACAGCGAUGUGCCUUACUCAAACUGAGGUCAAAUAUCCUGGAUGUGGUCAUAUUGAUCUCUGCUUAUGUCAUGAUAUUAGGAACAAAUUACAAGAUGGUUGUCCUUUUUGUCGUUAAGAGAGGUGGUAAUUUCAUAUAUAAUUAUUUAUUUAUGUAUAUAUGAUUCUUAUUUUUUUUCUGUAUCAAAGAUUUUCAGUUGUAUUAAAACAAGGAUUUGUUUAUUGUAACGUGAUAUUAUAAUAAAAUUAUAGAGCUUG